UGAUGAAGGCCACCAAAGAACUACAGCCUCAAGAAAUGAAAGGGAAGAAAUGGAAAACGAGGAGCAAGACAAAUCUAAGUAUCAAGAAUGACAUGGAUAAGAUUCUGUCUGAUCCACGAUUUGCUCAUGUAUCUUCUGAUCUUAAACUACGACACAUACCAAAAGAGAAGCGGAAAGUUAAACUUGACAGUCGUUUUCAUUCAGUUCUGACGGAUGACAAGUUUUAUGAGAAAUCCAUAAUGGACCCACGUGGCAGGAAGGGAAACUACUCGACCAAAGAAGAUCUACUUAAAUUUUACCAUAUGUCUUCUGACGAAGACUCUGAUGAUGACAAUGAUGAUGCUGAUGAUGAUGAUGAUGCUGAUGAUGAUGAUGAUGAUGAUGGAGAAGAUCGCAGUACAGAUGAGGAUGGUGAUAAAUGCAGCAUAGAAAAUCAUGCUGUAGAAGCAGGGAGGGAUGAUAAAAAGGACAGCAGUAUCAUUUCAAUCAAAAAUAUUGAAAAAAGUGAAGAUUCACUAGUUAGUGAUAUAAAAAAUAAAAAGAAAAAUCAACACAAAGACUCUGAUGAUGAGGUAGAUGAUGAUGGAGAAGACGGCAGUACAGAAGAUGAUGGUGAUAAAUGCAGCACAGAAAAUCAUGAUGUAGAGGCAAGAAGAGGUGAUAUACAGGACAGCAAUAUCAUUUCAAUAAAAAAUACUGAAAAAAGUGAAGAUUCACUAGGUAGUAAUAUAAAAAAUGAAAAUGAAAAAGAAAAAAUUAACAAGAGAGAGGAGAAGGAAAUGUUAGAACUAUCAGAAGACAUGGACAGACGACUACGAGACAUGACCCAAGACUAUGCAAGGGGUGAAGUUCUUUUCUCAGAUGACUCCUCAGAUGAUGAUUCCACAAGUGAUGAAGGUCUGGAUAUUGGAGAAUUUGACUGGGGGGAAUUUGACAAAGAUGCUGUCUGGGACAAUGAGACGCACGAUGUGGAAGAAACAUCACGUUUUGCUGUUUGCAACCUUGACUGGGAUUAUAUAAAUGCUGCAGAUAUCAUGAUGGUGUUUUCAUCAUUUUGCCCAAGAGGUGGUUAUGUAAAGAAAGUCACUAUAUAUCCUUCUGAAUAUGGAAAGCAACGAAUGGCUGAAGAGGACCUUAGUGGACCCCAAGAGUUAAAAUCAGUACCUAGUAGUGAGGCACAGGAUUCUAAUAUUGAUUUAGUAGAUCUUGAUAAACUUGAGAAAGGUAAACUUGAUGAAAAAGCUGGAGCAACCAAAUCACAUCAUGAGGCUCUGCGACAGUACCAGCGUAAUCGUCUUCGCUACUACUAUGCAGUUGUUGAGUGCAAUUCUGUUGACACUGCCAGUCUCCUCUAUCAAACCUGUGAUCGUAAAGCAUUUGAAGGAAAUGGUAUUCUUCUUGAUCUGCGAUAUAUUCCUACAGAUAUGACUUUUGAUGAGACCCCACAUGAUGUUUGUGAGGAAGUCCCUACAUCUUACAAGGUGAAGAAUAUGAACUUAACAACUCUAUACGAGACCCGCCCUGUAUUAACCUGGGAUAAAACCAACCCUGAACGGAAGAAAAUUUUGACACAGGAAAUGAGUAAAGCAAUGAAGGGAGAAGCUAUAGAUGAGGAUUGUCUGAAGGCUUAUAUUGCUUCAAGCAGUGAAGAUGAUGAGGAUAGUUAUUUGGGGGAAGAAGGUCAUGUAAGUGAUGAAGAUGAUGAUGAUGACGAUGAUGACAAAGAAGCCAUCAAGGCUACUCAGAUUGCUAAGUUUAGGGCUUUAAUUAAUGAAAUUAAUGAAAAAGAAAGAAGAAAAAGAGAAAAAGAUAUUGAUAUGGAAGAAACCUUUAAUUUGAAAAUUGAUUCAAGUGAAAAGACAAAACAUGCAGAGAAAGAAGAUACUAAGAAAACAGAACAGCUUAAUCCUUUUGAACAGUACCUAGAAAAAAGAAAGAAGAAGAGAAAAAAUAGAGAACAGAGGAAGAAGGGAAAAAAUGAAGUUAAGGAUACAAGCAGUGAAGAAGAAAAUGAAUCUAAUGGUAUUUCAGAUGAUGAACUUCCAGAAGAUGUUGGUGAUUUAUACACUGACCCUUUCUUUGCUGAGGAAUUAAAGAAGAUGGAUGGAAGUAAAAAUACCAAGAAGAUAAAGAAGAAACAAGCUAAUGUUGAAGUGUGUGAGAGUAAUGAGCAGAAAGACCUUCAAUUAUUGCUUAUGGAUGAGGAUGAUGAGGCUAAGAAGCACUUUAGUAUGAGAGAGAUUAUUGAAGAACACAAAGAAAAGAAGAAGAGACGAAAGAACAAAGCACAAAAGAAGCAGCAAAAGCAAGCCACUGUAGAUGACUUUCAGGUUAAUGUUACUGACCCAAGAUUUGCUCCUCUGCUCACAUCUGGAGAGUACAACAUUGACCCUUCACAUCCCCAAUUCAAACGUACCAAGGCUAUGGAUAAUCUCAUCAGUGAGGUACAAAGGAAAAGGAUGGCAGAAACUUUUGAGAACCUUCUUUCGCGGGCUUCACACAUUCGCGAAUUCCCAACCGCCAAAUUCCCAACUGCCAAAUUCCAGCCGCAAAAUCAUUCAAGUUUCCCGCCACCUGCACUAACAAUGAGAAGACAUAAGCUGUGGGUUCUAAUGGCAAAGAAAGAAGUAGGAAGAUGUCAGAAGUCAAAGGCAUCCUUUCGGAAAGAGGUACUACAGAAUUGCAAAAGGAUGGCCACUGGGUGUAUGAGAGUGUGUCGACAAAAAGCAUUACAAAGCCAAAAGACAGUGAAAGAUAAAGUUUGGAUGUUGAAAAGACUAACUAGAACAAUGCAAGGAGAGUGGAAAAAGUUUGAUCGUAUUUUGAAAGAGCAAAAUCGCCGGGCAGAACGAGAAGCUGAAGAACAGCGGAAGAUGGAUAAAGAAAUCUUAGAGGUUAAGAGACAGCAGCGUAAGGUCAACUUUCUCAUCACAUUGCCAGAGCUGUAUGCUCACUUCAUGAAGAAUAAGAUGGGAUCAGUAUCACUGGAAGAUGAAGAUACCAGCACUAUUCUCAAACAGUUAGAAGAUGAUACUUCCAUGCCACAAUCAUCAAUUGAUGAUUAUGACUGUGAAGCCAUGAAAGUUCAGGCACUGAAGACAGCUCAAGAAGCUUAUUCCAACCAACAAGCAAAACUAAGUUUGUUCUCAGGGAGUGAAGGCAAGUGUGCACCAGAGCCUGGGCGAUCUAAAGAAUGUAAGGAGCAUCCACAGCCACUUAUAUUUAAGGGCAUCCUCAAGAGCUACCAGAUGAAUGGCAUGAACUGGCUGGCUAAUCUCUACUAUUUU